AAUGUAAUUACUGUAAUGUAUAAUUACUGUUUUAUUUAUGUAUCUGUUUUUAAAUAAAAUAUUUGUAGCUGUAAAUAUGAGGUUUUUGAUUAUUUGAGAUUCACUUGGAGGGAGAUAAGCGUCUUAGGUGUAUUUUUUUAUGUAUUAUUUUUUGGAAAAUUCCAAUAUCAGCAUUUGUUUCCAACAUGAAGUGAUCCCAGGGAUUGUGCGAAUGACAGAGACGUCACCAGCACCACAGCUGCUAUGCUGCUUCCUGAAUUCACUUCGCUUUGUUCUUCUUGAAUGUGAGAUUUUGAUUGGUGGGCGCAUGUCUGCUAAAGCGCAGAGUCCCCUCCCCAUCUGCUGCGUCCUCCUCACUGGAGCUGCCACUGAAGCGAUGCUGAUCUCACUGAAACCAAGUCGCAUUCCUAUGCCCCAAAGUGCAAAAAUCUCACCUGGCUGGAAGUGAGGUGUGCAGCAGUGGGAGCUGGGUGGGUCGGUGCGAUAGCUCCGCCCACUGAGUAGUCGCUAGGUAAAAGGUCCCCGGCUGGCGGCUGAGAUUUGGCUCUCCGCUGCAGCUGAAGGGCCUCGCCUGACGUCCCUGCCCGCAGUGACCUGAGCGGCCGGCGGGCAUUACGAUGGUGUCCAUGGGCAGGCAGGUGCUGGGCCUCGCCCUGGGCAUUUUCGGCUGUUUCGGAACCAUCGCCGCGUGUGCUUUGCCGAUGUGGAAAGUGACAGCCUUCGUCGGGGCCAACAUCGUGGUGGCGCAGGUCAUCUGGGAGGGCAUCUGGAUGACCUGCGUGGUGCAGAGCACCGGGCAGAUGCAGUGUAAGGUCUACGACUCCAUGCUGGCUCUGCCGCGGGAUCUGCAGGCGGCCCGCGCCCUCACCGUCGUCUCCAUCCUGGUGGGCGUCAUCGGCAUCCUGCUGGCCUUCUUCGUCGGGAAGUGGUCCACCGUGGUGAGAGACGAGAUCUCGCAGGCCAAACUGGCCAUCGUGAGCGGCGUCCUGCUGGUCGCGGCCGGGGUCCUCUGCCUGGUCCCUGUGUGCUGGUCGACCCACACCAUCAUCCGGAAUUUCUACAACCCGCUGUUAAGCAACGCUCAGCGGAGGGAGCUGGGCCCGUGUCUCUACAUAGGCUGGGGGGCCGCCACUCUUCAUAUCUUUGGGGGGACUCUUCUCUGUAGCUCAUGUCCGCCCCACGAUGAAACACGGUAUAAUAUUGGUGAGCCCCCAUUCAAUUCCUACUUUCCUGGGAGGGACGCCCACAGAUACAGGUGAAGCGACAUUAUAUCAGCAAUUAGCACCUCUGUUUAAUUGUAGAACAAAGUAUAUAGCAUUACAUUUCCUUGUGAUGUGGAAAAAAGAGAGAGAGAGAGAGAGAGACAGAAGCCCCUCCUGGUCACUGGCAACCCUGGAGAGGCGCUUCAAUAGUUUAAAUGUUAAAUCUAACGAUAGCUGAAAUCAUGUUAUUAUGUGAUGUGACACUGCAGAAUCUGAGAACAUUUCAUUGUUAAGACUGAAUUAUAUUCACUUGUAUAAUUUUUUUGUUGCAGCAUUUUUCAAAGUGGUCAUGCAUUUCAAAUGUGUUUGAUUAUGCAGUUGUAUGUCAUUGUUGGAUGGAUGGAUGGAUUUUUGUGAUGCAAAUUCAACUAUUAACAUUUCUUAUCGUGCUGCUGAUAUUUUUCCAAGCUUCUACAAUCAGCCACCCUGUAUUUUGCAAUCUUGCAUUAUUUUAAUAAAAGGUCUUGCCUAUUACCCAGUCGCCCCGUGUCUGUUGCGCAAUUAUCAGCGCUGCGGCUGGUCUGGGGUCAGUCGUAGACAGCCCCCUGUCCAGCUCAGCAUUACCCUAUUAAUGGUGAUUAUAUUUCACUGGGGGUGGUGUGGGUUAAACAUUUCCGUGGGUGAGGAAUGAUUAAAUUGGGCUUCAGACCGGAAUUUGCCACUUGAGCGAAUUACGCAGAACAAUUUGGAAGGGAGGUAUAUUUUCAAAGGGGAUGGUUUUUGUAAUUUCUUUCCCGCGGGGGUGGAGUCCACGUGCACGCCAUUACAGCUCGAGCCGCGAUUAUAACCCCGUGGAUAAAAUAUCUUCAUCUGGUGUAACAUUCACUGCACCAUUUAGCUGCCCAUGAAAAGGCCUUUACUCCAAGGAACAAACGUACACC